AUGUCGCUCGGAUCCGGAUUCGCCGUAUUCCUCAACCACUGCAAGUACCGCCACGAGUCUGCUGGUCCCAACAACUCCAGCCUCGCUCCAGCCGGAGACCUUCAGCACGCCCAGUUCAACUCUCGCCUCCGCAGCGAACGCUCCCCUUCCCGCGACGUGGACCAAUCUCCUCCGAAGCCUCCCACUGAAUUUGCAGCUGCUGGCGCCGAAGAACUACGGCCGUCUGCCGUCCUCACCCCGCAAAGUUCUGACUACGCGCUCAACUACGGCGAUGAACCCGUGAAGCGCAAGUUCCUUGGCGCCAGCAGCUCGCAAGUCCUUGUUCAGUGGCUCGACCUUUCUUUUUCGCGACGUGGACCCUGGCCCAAAAUCUCUCAGUAUUUUCGUUACGGCAUAACAACAGCCGAAGAAUUCUCCCUUAAUUUAUGGACUUUCCCCAAGCCCUUGCCCCCUUAUUCAGAAUGCGCCAAGUACCUCUCCGUCUACAAAUCCCGAAUCUACCCUCUGUUUCCUGUUCUGGACCUCCCGGACCUUGCUCAAAUCUUCGCCAAAUUUGCCGCCAAAGACGCAAAAAGCCUCAGCGUGUCGGAUCUACCUUCCCUUGCUUGCUGCUAUGCCGUCACAAGCAUCGGAAUGGACGCCAUUUCUGGCCAGCCAUCGGAACCAGCCACUGAAUACCUUACCAGUGCCUACUCCAUGUACGCCCACAUUGUGGCUGUGCCGUAUCAAAGAUCUAUUCAAGCAUUGCUACUUCUGGCACUUGCUCUCAGGGCUCGCCACAAAGAAGGAGUCGCUUGGCACGUGAUCGGCCAUGCAGUUCGCAUGGCUCAAUCUCUUGGCCUGCAUCGCCUCCACAAGGACGCUAUACCAGAUGCGCUCCGGAAAAAUGCGAUCCUUGACCGUAAUAUUUGGUGGUCGCUGUUUUGCCUCGAGAAAAUGAUGGCCCUUCAAACCGGACGUCCCUCCGCAAUCCAUGACGAGGACUGUGACCAGUCAACCCCUGCUGCAGAUGCCGCUUCUCUGUUCUUGCAUCACUUGGUCGGCCUUGCGCAAGUCCAAAGCGCCAUUGCACGGAGUAUGACCAGCCAAGCCAACCAGAGAAGAGGUAUGCGUGAGUUUCUUCACGACACUGCACAACUGGAUCAUCGACUUGUCGAGUGGGCGCAGAAGCUUCCAAACAAUCUCCGCCCCGGCUCCACUCUGUACUGCACUCCGGACGAUCAGCCCUUUGCGACCUUUUUCUCGGCGUCAUAUCACGAAGCUCUCAUCACCCUCCACCGGACGGCUCUGAUUCUCGAUACGAAUGUCUUCCGCGACCAGGUCAAACGUCACGUGCUAGACAGCCAGCCGUCUUACCGGCUAAGCAAAGCGGAAGAUAUUUGUGUUGCCUCUGCUCGUACCAUUGUCCAAGUGCUCAACGAACUCAAGAGCUCAUGCGGAGACUUUGUGCAUCCCCUUACUGCCUCUUCGCCAUUAUUGGCUACGUUCGUCCUUACUAUCUCUAUACUCAAACAUCCUGCUCGUUGGAACGUACGGAGUGAUCUGGCACUACUUCUGAAUAUUGCGACAUUGACGGAAGGGAUGUUUGAGUCGAUCGGCCAAGAUCCAGCCUUCAACAAAAUGUUUGCGCUUAUGCGAGAUGCCGCCUCUAAGCACACGGAGCACGCAACACCCGCUCCGGAGUUAUCUCCUGUCAGUGACCAAUCGCAGACAAGCGGAACGGGUAUUGUGCACUCCGCACACCGGCUGAAUCUUUCCGAAUCGACUGCCAAUGACGAGUCGUUCCACAUUUUCCAAUCCACCGAUGAACUCAAUCUCAUAAACGAAGAGCCCUGGUCGCAACUUCUUUCCGGCAAUCUGAACUUCGAGACUGGCCCAUGGGACUAUGAUCUCGAAGCGUUUUUGGGGCUACCGCAUUUUGAUGAGGGGGUCUCAGGGGCAUGA